CUGGCAAUAUUUGGAAAGAUAUAGGUCAUAGUGUUAAUUCAUGUAAAGAUUUAUUAGCCCAAUUAAGAAAAUAUUAUUUAUAUCAAAAUCCUAAUCUCAAAACUUUUGCCCUAAAAUUAUUUUCUAUAACUCCAAACUCAGCAGGAUGUGAAAGGAUAUUUUCCUCUUUGAGUUGGUUUUAUGGAAAAAGAAGAUACAGAUUAUUAACAAAUAAACUUGAAUCAAUGGUUAAGAUUCACCAUUAUUAUCUUACUCAAGUAAAAAAGGAACUUCCUUAUGUAAGUAAAAAUUAUAGUGAAGAUGAAAUUCAAUCUUGGAUUAAUAGAGCAUAUGAUCAAAUAAUUGAAGAUAACAGUGAGGAUAUUGAUAUUAAUUCUCCUUUACUUUCUGAACCUAUUA